UUAGGAUACCCAGAAUUACCUUGGAGUGGAAUUAUAUUAGAGGAUAUACCAGUAUGCAUGUUCAACUUUACUAGAUUUCCUCCUUCCUCACCCUUGAAACCAUAUCCAAAGAGGCCCCCAUACCAAAAGGAUGCUAUUAAAUUUCCAGAAUGGAAUGACCCCCCACCAGGCAUGUCACAAGAGAACAUCCCAGUAAGGCCACUUGUGAUGAAUUCUGAGAUGUGGUACAAGCGUCACAGUAUUGCUAUUGGAGAGGUGCCGGCUUGCCGCCUUGUCUACCGCAGACAGCUGACAGAGGCCAAUGUAGAAGAGAUAUGGAAGUCUAUGACAUUAUCACAUUUACAGAAAAUACUUGGCCUAGAUUCCUUAGAAGAAGUUUUAGACAUUAAACUUGUCAAGUCCAAGUUCAUCAUGCAUAAUGUAUAUAGUGUGAGCAAGCAGGGAGUUGUUAUCCUUGAUGACAAAUCAAAAGAACUUCCUCAUUGGGUACUGUCAGCAAUGAAGUGUUUGGCAAAUUGGCAAAAUUGUUCAGAUUUGGAGCAGCCUAUGUACUUAGGAUUUGAGAAAGAUGUCUUUAAGACCAUAGCAGACUACUAUGGUCACUUGAAAGAGCCUCUGCUUACAUUUCAUCUUUUUGAUGCCUUUGUCAGUGUUUUAGGUUUGUUACAGGAGGAGAAAAUGGCCAUUGAAGCAUUUCAGAUUUGCUGCCUCCUCCUGCCACCUGAAAAUAGGAGAAAGUUACAGCUGUUGAUGAAGAUGAUGACAAGGAUCUGCUCAAAUAAGGAGAUGCCACCACUUGGUGAUGGCCUUGGCACCCGAACACUGAUGAUUCAGACAUUUUCCCAUUGCAUCUUAUGCUCCAAGGAUGAAGUGGAUUUGGAUGAGUUAUUAGCUGCUAGGUUGGUAACAUUUCUGAUGGACAAUUACCAAGAUAUUCUGAAAGUCCCUUUGGCCUUGCAGACCUCCAUAGAGGAGCGUGUGGCUCACCUACGAAGAGUGCAGAUUAAAUACCCAGGAGCCGACAUGGAUAUCACUUUAUCUGCUCCAUCAUUUUGUCGUCAAAUUAGUCCAGAGGAAUUUGAAUACCAAAGAGCAUACGGCUCUCAGGAACCUCUGGCAGCUUUGUUGGAGGAGGUCAUAACAGAUGCCAAGCUCUCCAGAAAAGAGAAGAAGAAAAAAUUGAAGCAGUUUCAAAAAUCCUACCCUGAAGUCUACCAAGAACGAUUUCCCACACCAGAAAGUGAAGCACUUCUGUUUCCCGAAAAACCAAAACCAAAACCACAGAUGCUAAUGUGGGCACUAAAAAACCCUUUCCAACCAUUUCAAAGAACUAGAAGUUUUCGGAUGUAAUACUUUCACAGCCAGUGGAGAUCUCAGACGUUGUUUUGAAUAAAUGGGUGGAAGAAAGAGGAGCAGAAAAUACAGACUACUGAAAUAUAAAUAUGAUCUGACUUCAAAACAUGUUGAGUUGCCCAGCUGGCAUGGCUCAGUGGUUGAGCAUCGACCUAUGAACCAGGAGGUCAUGGUUCAAUCCCCGGUCAGGGCAUAUGCUU